AUGGCUUCGACGACGACACCUGUGCCAGCGGAUGAUCCCGCCAAGGAGGCAGCUGCCGAGGCCGGAGGAGAAGGGGCCAAGAAGACCGCCGCCGAAGCAGAGACGCCGGCGCCGCUGCCGCCCCUCUCGCCGAGGGAGUUCCGCGAGUACAACCACCUCGCCGACCAGAUGAACGCCUAUCACAACCACUUCCGCCACACCUGGACCAUGCUCUACACGGCCUGCACGGAGAACCGGCGGCCGCAGGGCAUGUCGCUGCGGCAGUUCAUCGACCAGGGCCUGUACUUUGUGCGCGGGCUCACGAUGCACCACAACAUCGAGGAGACGUACUUCUUCCCGCAGCUGGCGAAGCGGAUGCCCGAGUUCCAGGCCGGCAAGGGCAAGGGCAAGGGCGGUGGCAAGGGCGGCGGCGGCGGCAUGGCCGAGCUGCUGCAGCAGCACCGGCAGAUCCACGCCGGCAUGGACGUGUUCGAGGAGUACCUGACGCAGUGCCGGCGGGGCGAGAGGGAGCUCGAGAUGGCGACGCUCAAGGCCAAGAUGGACUCGUGGGGCGACGUGCUGUGGACGCACCUGGACCAGGAGGUCAAGACGCUGGGCGCCGAGAACAUGCGCAAGUACUGGACCAAGGAGGAGAUCUUCGCGCUGACUCCCUGA